AAAUCCAAUCCCCAAACCCAAGCCAAUGUGGAAAAUGAAAGUGAAAGCUCCUCUUCUGUACCUUUCAUCUUGUUCUCGAUCAGCGUAUCCACGACUUUCAGACAAAUUACCAAACUAAACUACCACCUUCAAACGCCAACAUUACGUGCCCUCUGCCCACGCGCCAACCUGCCACGAGCCAACCACCCGCAAUUACCUUAGCUUCCCCUGCUGCAAAGGCAAAGGCAAAGGUUGUUGAAUAUUCCUGAAUCCAAUCAAACUAACCACCACAUUUGCACAAAAUUUACAACAUUUUCACAAAAAAAAAACAAAUCUCUUCAUCGGAAACAUCAAUGGGCAACACGUCGUCGAUGCUUACUCAAUACGACAUCGAAGAAGUACAACAACACUGUAACAACGCGUUUUCGCAGCAAGAGAUCGUGUCUCUAUACCAGAGAUUUUGCCAGUUGGAUCGAAACGGCGGCGGUUUCAUCUCCGCCGAGGAGUUCUUGUCCGUGCCUGAGUUCGCUGUUAAUCCUCUCUCUCAGAGACUGUUGAGGAUGCUAGAUGGAUUGAAUUUCAAGGAAUUCGUGGCGUUUUUGUCUGCGUUUAGUCCUCGUGCUACUCUGCAACACAAAAUUGAAUUUAUAUUCAAGGUGUAUGAUUCGGAUGGCAAUGGGAAAGUUACCUUUAAUGACAUGUUGGAUGUUUUGCAUGAUUUGACCGGCCAGUUCAUAUCUGAACAACAGAGGGAGCAAGUUUUGACCCAUGUUCUCGAGGAAGCAGGCUACACGAAGGAGUCCUUGUUAGUUAUGUCAGACUUUGUAAAGAUUCUUGGGAGCUCUGGACUGAAGAUGGAAGUUGAGGUUCCAGUGGAUUGACCUGAGGACCGUACAGAAUUGAGGGAGGUGCAGGAAGACAAUUUUUAUCAAGGAUAUGUAUACCAAGGAGGAUGGGGUUAUAUUAACCCAAUCUGAAAGGCACAUCUCCCUUUGUGACUGAGCAGCAACCCAAUCGGCAGUCAUAUUGUUCUUACAACUGAUACAGUUCACCCUCACAGUUUCGAACUUUCUGAACCAAGCUUUUAUGUUCGUCACCAAUGGCAAGAACUUCCAAUCUGGGCAAGGCUUGCUUGAUUUAGGUUCUUAUGCAGAAUUUCAGUCUGUCGCCACGAUGACCUUUGGAAAUUUUGCUCACAAGCUAAUCCGAUUCCUUCUUUAUUAGCCACUGCUUCAACUUCCAUACUUGAGUUUACAUCUACAAUCUUUCCAGCCCCUGCUGGCACUCUGCCCUGGAUGUUUCUAGUAACUAUUCCAAUUGCAGCUUUGGAGGAUUAUUACUGAAAGCUCCAUCAGGAUUCAGCUUCACCCAUCCCUCACCAAGCCUGUCCAACUCUUUUUUUUUACCUGUUUUCUGUUCUUCAGUCUGUUUGACACCUUUCUGCUGUAUCAUCUCUCUAUAUUUUGUUACUACGCUUGUUAUUCUAACCCCUGUCAUCAUCAGAUCCUGUUCUUUUCCUUUUUUGUUUGUUUAACAUCUAGCCUUCCAAAUAUUUCCGCAAGUGAAUGCUGUAAACACAGACAGCAUCCUUUUUUCC